AUGCAUGUUGGUUACCAUAAUUUUAAUAACCUUAACAGUGUUAUGAAAGAAAGGGAUCUUCAUGUAGUGAUUGAUCAGUCUUUACAGCCAUGUAAGCAGUGUGCUGUUGCUAGUGGUCGAGCUCACCCAGAAUGUACCCUCGGAUUGCUCCUGAAAGCACUGCUUAAGAAUGAUGAUUUUAUGAAUAAGUUGGUUAGUAACUACAUAAUUCACAGAGAAAACAGAGAACUAAAUACAGUAGCAUGUCGCUUGCUGCUUGAUAUAUUACCUGGGCUGGAAACUGCUGUCAUUUUUCAAGAUACUGAAGGUCUUGUGCAGAGGCUGUUUCAUUGGGCUGAAAAGGCUCCCGUUCCUCUUCAGUCUUAUGCUACUGGACUACUUGCAGCUUCCAUGGAAAUCCAGGAAAAUGCUGCUAAUUUCCGAGAACAGAAUUCUCACUUGGUACCGCUCAUGCUUGAUCGGCUUCAUGAACUAAGUGCUCAACAAAAAAAGAGGAAAGAAAUGCAGAUGAUUGCUGACAAACCUUUUGCUCAUUUAAACAGAGAAUCAAAGGAUGGAGAAGCAUUUUCUGACGCUAAAGAAAAAUCUCAAAAUUUACCUUCACAAGAUACAUCACCCAGUAGUAAAAAGAAUAUUGGAUUGUCACCCAGCAGUGCUCCUGUUUCAUUGGCUACCAGUGAGCAUGCAGCUGGGUUUUCAGCAUCACUGGGAGAAUGUUCUAACAGUAGUUGGGCAGAUCUUGAACCUUAUAUGAUAGGCUCCUUUCAGAUGUUUCCCUUGACACUGGAAAUGCAGCAACGAUUUAUCUUGCAGUACCUUACACCAAUAGGGGAAUACCAGGAUCUCUUAAGCUACGUGUUUGAACACAAUGCCAUGUCCCUCAUUCUUCACUACAUUAAUCUCAAGGAGAUCAGUGAUGUAAGAUUAGCCUUUGAAGCUCUAAAGUACCUAGCAGCAUUACUUUGUCACAAGAAGUUUUCAAUAGAAUUUAUCAAUGUGGGAGGCCUUCAGAAGUUACUCCAGGUUUACCGACCAUCUGUUGCUGCCACUGGAGUGUCUGUCUGUCUAUAUUACUUAGCAUACAGUGAAGAUGCCAUGGAAAGGGUGUGCCUCUUACCUCAACAUGUUCUUUCUGAAUUAGUCAGAUAUUCCCUUUGGCUACUGGAGUGUUCCCAUGAUUCUAGUCGAUACAAUGCCACUAUGUUCUUCAGUCUUAGUUUUGCAUUUCGGGUUAUUCUUGAUUUAUUUGAUGCCCAGGAUGGUUUAAGGAAACUUUUCAAUGUGAUGAGUACCUUAGACAUAUUAGUGGUUGAUCCCAACGCCCAACCCCUGCUCAAUGACGAACAAGUAUUUGCCAGUCGACAGGCUGCAAGACAUGUUUGUGUAGCCUUGAAACGUUAUUAUGAAGCACAUUUAGGUAUUGAGGCUGAGCGUCAAAGACGUUCACAUUCUCGCAGUGAAGGAGGAUCAUUACAACCAACAGUUCCCCCUUACAAGGCAGCAAGAUUUAGCUCUGAAGCAAUUCAAGAAAACAUUGACGCAUUGAUGGAGUUGAUGCCAUUGAGGAUGAGAUGGCAACCUGUGGAUGAACUUCUUAGGUUAGGAGGUAUCCCACUGUUAUUGCAACUUAUUGCAAUGUCUUACGAAUGGAACUAUUCUGGCAGAGCAGAGACAGUUCGUAGUGCUCUAGAUGUUCUCACAGUUUGUUCAGUAACACCAAAAGCACAACUUGCUCUUUGUGAGAGUGUUCACAUGGCAGACAACCAGAAUACUGUAGGGAUGAGUAUUGUUCUCGCUUGUGCAAAAGGUGAAAGAAUCAGUGACCCUGAUGUCCAGCGCUCAGCUUUAAAUGUGAUAAUCAACUGUGUUUGUGGUCCUGUCUCGAGGCUUGGAGGAACCGUUGGUCGAAUAAUAGGUGGAAAUACCAAAAAAAAGUCAGCCAUGAGAAGUGGAGAAGAUUUGCUCAGUAAAAUGUGGAACUGUGUACGAGUAAACAAUGGAAUAAUGAUCCUGUUGAAUUUACUGACUGUUAAAGCUCCUAUCACAGAUGCAGAUUCAAUUCGAACAUUAGCUUGUAAGGCUCUCUGUGGAUUAGCUCGCAGUGAGACAUUCAAGCAAAUUAUAGGUAAACUUCCACUGUUGACUAGUGGACAGUUACAAGUUUUAAUGCGAGAGCCUGUGCUCCAAGACAAAAGACAGGAACAUGUCAAGUUCUGUAAACACUGUGUAGAGCUGAUAGAAAGAGUGACAGGAGCUCCACUGACAACUGGGAUUGAAUCAUCCAUUGCCAAGAUCAACAAAGCUGAAGUAGUUGCUCAGACUAGGAUCAUAUACAAUGACAAAGAACUUUUACAGUUAAUACAUCAACACCUGCUCAGUAAAGGUUUACUUGAAUCAGCCACUGUCCUACACAAAGAAGCAGGACUCCCUUCUGCUAUACCUAGGCCUUUGACUACACCCUCAUCUAAAAUUAUGAAUACUCCACCUACAACUUCCAAACUGAUCCAUCCGAAGUAUGGAGGACAUGAUGGAGCCAGACUAAAUCGAAAUUUUAUCUACAGCAGGUUUAGGCCUGUUCGUGCCUAUAGAGAUUCAGAAGGGACAAGUUACUUUACAUGUUGUGCCUUUUCUCCUUGUGACCAGUUUUUAUUUCUGGGAACAUAUGCAGGAGAGUUAAAAGUAUAUAAUAUACACACUGGAACAGAGGAAGCUACAUAUAUUUGUCACGAGUCAGAAGUUAUUCACUGUGAACCAUCAAAGGAUGGAAAACUUCUUUUAACAUCAUCGUUUUGGAGACCACCUCUUUCUGCACUCUGGACCUUCACUGAUGUAUUUGAAAUAAAACAUUCCUUUGAAGAAGACUGCUAUGUGGAAUUCAGUAAACAAUCACAAGACAGAAUAAUUGGUACAAAAUAUGAAAGAGCAAAUAUAUACGACUUAGCAACUGGACAGCUUCUUCAGACUUUACGAGAUCCCGACCUCUCCAACAACUACACCAAAAACAGAGCGACAUUUGACCCCACGGAUGAAUUGGUUCUUUCAGAUGGUGUGUUGUGGGAUGUACGAGGUGGUACAGUAAUUCACAAGUUUGACAAAUUCAACUCUCAUAUUAAUGGUGUCUUCCAUCCCAAUGGACUAGAAAUUAUUUCUAACUCUGAGAUUUGGGACUUAAGGACAUUCCACCUGCUACAUACGGUGCCAGCCUUAGACCAGUGUCAAAUAACUUUUAACCAUACAGGUGAUGUAAUAUACGGAGCCAUGUUAGAAGAAGAAUCAGAUAUUGAUGAGGACCAGAUGAAAAGCUCUUUUGGUUCAUCUUUCCGAACUUUCAACGGAACAGACUACUCAAGUAUUGCAACAAUUGACAUAAAAAAGAAUAUUUUUGAUUUGGCAACAGAUCAGUCCGAUUGUUUUCUUGCCGUUGUUGAAAAUCAACGAGGUCGGGAUGACUUCAGUACCUCCGAAAAUAUCUGUCGCCUUUAUGAAGUGGGUAGGCGGCGUGAAGAAGACGAUGAGGAAGAAGAGGAUGAAGAAGAUUCUGAUGAACUUGAUGAGGAUGAUAGUGAUGAUGAUGACGACGACGACGAUGAUGACGAUGCUGAAGAUGAAGACCUUGAAAAUGAAGGUGAUCAAGAACAUGAAAAUGGUAAUAAUAGAAGUGAUAGAGAAAACAGGGAUGAUGAUGAUGAAAUGGCAGUCAUCAGCUUAUCAGAAGAUGACUCUGAUGAUAACGAUGAAACAGAUGUCCUGUUUUCUUUGAGGACAAUUUGACCAUUGUGUAGUAACUAGUUUAUUAUGUAUGACAGUUUGUACAGCUAAAUGUCUUAUAUAAGUAUCAUUUUAACAGGCAAAAAAUUAAACGACAAUGUUUAUAA